UGGUCAAAGAGAGAAGUUCUUCAAAUUCUCUUCAAAAUAGCUGAGAAGGACACUGAACCUAUCCUAGCCAUAGCUGAGCAUCCUACUGGUCUAGCAGAAGGGGUUCAACCUAUCAGCCUAGUUGAGACACAUCAACCAGCCCACAGACGCCAUGCAUUCACAUCUGGUGGAGAAAUGGCACACCAUCCACAGGCGCCAUGAAAGAAGCUGGGAGAGAUUAUACAAACUCUACCACGAACAGAAGGAGAAACUCUCCCCAGAACGGGCACAUGCAGUGGAAGGAGAUAAGGAAGACGCCUAUGUGCAAUGGAUGGACUCUGAACAGCAACUCAAGGACAUUCAAGAACAAUUAAGAGACUCAAGAAUCGAUAGCAAGAUGCACAACCUCAAGGCACUAAACAAGGAACGCAAGAAGUUUCUAGAGAGCUCACAGGGUUCUCCACAGCCCAAGCCUCGCCAGAAAUGCAGACUGGUCGACAGAGCCGAGUCCAAAGUCUCCCGCUACUCAUAUGCACCAUCCCAAUGGUCGCACGCAUAUCCAUCCCACGUGUCUGAAACAGCCUCAUCUUUUCGCUACAUAUCCAAGACACAUUCCAGCAUGUCCCAACAACCGCACGUCACAGGACCCUCACGCCAUUCAAAGGCAUCUUCUCGCCAGAGCCAUACAUCUCAAGCCUCAGGAGCAGAGAGCAUCGCCGCCCGUCUCAGGGAAGCACAGAUCAAUACCGCAAGGGCUAACGUUGCUGCACAAGUAGCAGUAGACGACAAGCUACAUAGAGAAGACUUGGCCAAAGCUCAGGCCAACUUUGAGAUUUUCCAGCGACAACAGAGAGCAAAAGAGGCAGCCGCAAUAGAAGCGAUCCUGCAGAGAGAGUUAGAAGAUGCCAUGUCAACGCCCAAUUUGGAAAGUCUAGGAAGGGAAAGUUCUCACAGCCAUGUACAGGCCUAUGUGGACAACCAAAGCGCACUCCAGAAUACACAGAUGAGAGCCCCUCAGCCAGCCACAAGCCCCCCAAGACCGAGUAGACAAACAGAGGAAUCUCAACAACCUGAUUCGCUGGUCAACCACAGAGUUGAUGACACGACACCUAGGUCACGAGAUCCUCCUGCCGUUGCUGCCACAUCGAACCUGAUGGCAAUUUGGUUGAUGAGUCAACUACAUCAUGAGGCCGGAUGAGAACCUCAUCUCAGGCAAUGCAUCAGGAGAUGCUAUUUGCUAUUGAAGAAAGUUAAUCCAAAUAAAGCAGCAGGAAGGCAUCUGGCACUGCUCUUCAGAAUGGCUGUCCAUGAGAAUACAGAGGAAAGUGUUGAAAUGAGCCAAACAAGCUCCUUUCCUGCUGUGACAAAUGCUAGAGCAACAUGCAGUCUCUGGGGCUAUCUCAGCCUCAAAACUACUUCACAA